UACAAAGCCGCCAUUUUGAUUGAGUACGACAUUCGUAGUGGUGGUGAUUUUCUUCUCAGCUUCUUUUUUUUGCUAAAAAAAAAUAUAUUUCUACGAAAAUUACUAAACCAAAAAAUAUAAAACAAUCUAAUCAAAUAUAUUUGUGUUAAAUUGUGCUAACAAAGAAUGCGUAUAUAUCAUUAAACAAUGGAGAACGUUAUUGCCUUUAAUAAUGAGCUAUCCGGACUCUAUGAAUCAAAACCGCCUAUUUCCAAGGCGAAGAUGGCAGCUAUCACCAAGGCAGCCAUGCGAGCCAUUAAAUUCUACAAACAUGUCGUCCAGAGUGUUGAGAAAUUCAUUCUCAAAUGCAAGCCCGAAUACAAAGUACCCGGAUUGUAUGUAAUUGAUUCGAUUGUGCGUCAAUCGCGACAUCAAUUCGGCGUGGAGAAGGAUGUGUUUGCUCCGCGUUUUGCACGCAACAUGAAGGACACUUUUGCUAAUUUGUUUCGUUGCGCUCCGGACGACAAGAGUCGCAUUAUUCGUGUGCUGAAUUUAUGGCAAAAGAAUAAUGUUUUUGCUCCGGAUGUCAUUCAGCCAAUAUUUGAUUUAGCUGACCCGAGUCAUCCGAUUUAUCAAAUGCCUCCGCAACAGAAUAGUGGAUCGUUGGAUAUAUCAGCUACAUCGAAUGGACUUAAUGUUUCUAAUUCGGGAAUGGAUGUUAGUGGAGUUGGAGGAGGUGGGGGAAGUCAAUCGGCAGGCGAUGACAAGUUGGUGCUUCCCGAUUUGUCGAUUGGUCAUCAAAAGGUACAAACAAGUGCCCUUGAUCAAAGUACCAUUCGUCAAUUGCAACAAAUCCAACAAUUGCUUAUAAGACAAACGGCUAAUGAAAACGUAUCAUCAACAUCUGGGGCCAUGAGUCAGUCGGACUCGGUUAAAUUUAAUAAAAAGCUACUCGAUUAUGAUUACGGUGAUGAGGACGAAGAGGAAAAGAAAUCUACUUCUCCGCAUGUACCAAACCUUCUAGACAACAACAACCUAAAACAAUUGUUAAAAGAUCCUAAUGUCUUGAGACAACUUCAGACGUUACAAAAUUUUCAAAAGUUUAAACAACAAGAGGAAAAGCAGCACAAGCUCAAUGAACUUCGUAUGCAAGAAGAAGCUUUUGAAAAACACAUACAAAAUGUACUCAAGAGUUCGUCGGGCAACGAAGCUGCUGAUAUCUCUGGAAAAGAAGUUGAAUUUGUUUCAGAAGAAUCCAAAAUUGAGGUUAUCAAUUUGGAUGGCAAUGAUUCGAGAAGCCCUUCGCCCGAUCGAGAUCGCUAUAAGAGAAGGAGGAGCCGAUCAAGGUCCCGAGACAACAGAGGUGGACCUGCGCGUGGAGGAGAUAUUAGAAGACGCCGCUCUAGGUCCAGGUCAUCCAGGAGCCGUUCGCCGAGGACAAAUAGACGUCGUCCUUCACGUGAGAGAGAUCGUGAGCGUGAACGUCUUGCUGAACGCAAUCGGGACAAAGAGAAGGAGAAGGAACGUGAACAUGAGCGUGAACGCCGACGCAAGGGUUUGCCAGACAUCAAAAAGGAACAUUUGAGUGUUUGCAGUACAACUCUAUGGGUUGGACAUUUGUCCAAAUUGGUAUACCAAGAAGAACUAUCUGAUACAUUUGGCAAAUAUGGUGACAUUGUGAGCAUAGAUCAAAUUGUUCCAAGAGGAUGUGCUUUCAUUGUUAUGAACCGUCGCCAAGAUGCCAGCAAAGCAAUGAGUUCUUUAAAGAACUACAAACUCCAAGGCAGAGCAAUAACAAUAUCCUGGGCAGCUGGCAAAGGUGUCAAAAGCAAGGAAUGGAAAGAUUUUUGGGACUUGGAAUUAGGUGUAACCUAUAUACCAUGGGAUAAAUUAGAAAAAGACACAGAUUUAGAUGCUCUAGAGGAGGGUGGCAUAAUUGAUGAAGAUUCAAUGCCCGAUUGGAUGAAGGAGAAAAUAAAUAAAUUGAAAAAUGCCAAGGAAAUCAAUGCUGCUGGUAGUGCAUCCGCUAUGAUGUUCGGAAUUGAUGGAAUGCCAAAAAUUGAUAUAACACAGCCACCACCUCAAGCUGGAGGUAUGAUGGCGAUGCCACCAUUUUCAAUGGCACCACCAAUGGGUGCACCUCCCAUGGGUGCACCACCAAUGGGCGCACCACCUCGAAUGAUGACGCCCAUGGGUGUUCCAAUGCCCGGCAAUAUGGUACCCGGAAUACCAAUGCCACAGGGUAUGGUUCCAGGAAUGCCACCUCCACAUCCCAUGAUGAUGACACCGGGCAUGCUGCCUCCACCUGGAUAUCCACCAAUGCCAUUGGACAAGAAUAUUCCUCCUCCAAAUAUGCGUCCUGAUGGUGGUAUGCAAGCCCAGUUCCCAGGAAUGAUGCAGCCAAUGCCAAUUCCCACACCGCACCAAUUCCCAUCAAGUUCAGGUGGUAAUGCUUCUAGCGAUGAUCAAAUGGACAUUGAAAUGGAAGACGAUAUGCCCAAUGAUAAUCCUCAACAUGCUCCCCCAAUGAAUUUCAAUCAGCCACCGCCAAUGUUCCAAGGAGGUGGUGGUGGAGGACCAGGAGGCUUUCCAGAGGGUGGACCACCACCUGGCAGUGAUGGUGGUGAUGAUUAUGGCGGACGGGAUAGAAAUCGUGGUAAUAACUCACGCUGGGGAUCACGAGAAGAUCGAGAUCAAAAUCGUGAUCGCGGCAAUAGAGGCGGUGAUCAGUCCGAUGGUGAAAUGUGGCGGGAAAAUGGUCCGCCAAUGGGAGAUCAACAAAACUUUAAUGAUUCCCGACGCGGAGGUGGACCGCCAGGAAACAUGCCUCCAUUUGAUAUGAAUAAUCAUCCCCGAGGACAAGAAUUCUUUGAUAUGCGGCAUGGUGGUGGCCCUGAUGAUUUCAACGAUCGUCGAGGUGGGGGAGGCAACCGCGGUGGUGGAGAUUUCUUCCCAAAUAUGCAAAACAACAGAUUUAACCAACCGAAUAGUUUAAUGCAAAUGCGCAUACAACCACCUGCAAUGUUUAAUAAUAACAGAAUGAAUGGACCAGGAAUGGGUUCCGGUCCGGGAAUGUUUAUGCGAGGACAAGGUCCUCGUUCACAAGGUGGUCCUCAAGGUGGUGGCGGUGGUGGAUUUGGCUUCAACAAUCGCAAUCCAUUUGAUCGUGACGCACGUGACGUUGACGGCGGCAAUAGAAUGCGUGGUGGACGUGGUAUGAAUGACAGGCGUGGUGGUGGAAGAGGAGGAGGACCUGGUGGUCGUGGAGGUCCUAACAACUGGCGAGACAACGAUGAGGAGGACGAUGGCGGAAUAUUUAAGAGACGAGGAGGCAAUCGUUUUGGAGGCAGCCGUGAUCGAGAUGGACCCGAUGAGAACCGCAUGAGUCGCGACAGAGAUCGUGCUGGUGGACGAAGACAAAUGAACGAUCGCAAUUCUCGUGAUAGAUUCGAUCGGUCAUCUCGUGAAAAGCGUGAUGGAGGAAAUGACAGAUUCUCAAAGAAUAGAAGAAUGUCAAGUGAAAACCGUGACGAACGGCAAUCGCCAUCAAAGCAAGGUGGUGGUGGUGCGGCGGCGAAAAAAGAUAAUGAUCCAAAGUCUAAAGCUGUGAAUGUUCCAUUAGAUACUGAAGAAGAUUGGGAUCAAGAACUCUCCGAGCAUGAUUUUGAUAACUCAGCAAAAUCAUCAGACAACCAACGAGACGAACCAGAAGCCCAAAUCCAAAAUAGCAACACAUCACCAAGACGUGAAAACGAGAGAAUUGAAGAAUCAUCGCACGAUGAUGGCAAAGAGGAAGACUUUGCAGCUCCGCUUCCAACUGCUAGAGAGGAACUUCCAAGCAAAAAAAUAGAACGAAUGAAUUCUGUUAAUACUCCAUUAUAUGAUGAACCAGCUGCAGCUGCUGAAAGCAAAUCAUUUAAUUCAGAUAAAUGCGUUGAAAGUAACAAUGAUGUUCCACAGGGUAGGGAAGAGAACAUUGCAGUUGCUGCAGAACAACAACCACCCACCCACGAACCACAACAACCAGAACCAUCCGUGGAAACACCUGCAGCAGAAUAGAAAUAAAGCCCAACUGAUACACUACUCGUGUCGCUUUAAGUAAUAAGAGCAUCCUAGAAUAAAUUUAUAAUAAUUCGUUCAAUCGAACCGAAC